UCCCGCCGCCGCCGCCGCCGCCGCCGCCGCUCCCGCCAUGGCGCAGCGCCGCCUCACCGACUUCUUCGCGCGCCGCCGUCCCGGGCUCCGCGCUGCGCCCACGCGCGCCAAGCCGGCCUGGCGCACCCCGAGCCCCGCCAAGCCCGCGCCCCGCGCCCCGGCCGCGCGCCCCGGCCCCGGGAGCAGCCGCAAGCGCGCCCGCCCGCCCGCCGAGCCCACGCGCGACGAGCCCGCGCCGCCUGCGCGCCGGAGGCUGCGGCUGCCGGCCGACGCGGUCUCUGGCCCCAGUUCCCCGCCAGCCCCCGGCUCCCCGGAGCACUCUUCUCCCCAGAGCAAGAAGACAAAGAAGGCCGCCCUCUCAGCUGGUCAGCGGCCCUGCCUGGCGGCCCAGGAGGACAAGGUCCCUUCAGAGGUCACCCUCUCCGAGCUCAGGUCGUGCCUGCAGCGGGCACAGGCGCUGGGGGCCCGGGUCCAGGAGCUGAGGGCGAGUGCAGCGAAGGAUGUGGGGGAGCCCAGCGCACCGGAGGACGAGGGACACCCAGCGGGGCCAGGUGGAGAGCAGAUGCCAGCCUACCAGCGCUUCCACGCCCUGGCCCAGCCAGGGCCCCCUGGCCUCGUGCUGCCCUACAAGUACCAGGUGCUGGCCGAGAUGUUCCGCAGCAUGGACACCAUCGUGGGCAUGCUCUACAACCGCUCUGAGACCGUGACCUUUGCCAAGGUCAAGCAGGGUGUCCAGGACAUGAUGCGCAAGCGUUUUGAGGAGCGCAACGUGGGCCAAAUCAAAACCGUGUACCCUGGUUCCUACCGCUUCCGCCAGGAGCGCCACAUCCCCACCUUCAAGGACGGGGUCAGGAGGUCCGAUUACCAGCUCACCAUCGAGCCACUGCUGGACCAGCAGGCUGGCGGUGCGGCCCCCCAGCUCACGGCGUCGCGCCUGCUCCAGCGGCGCCAGGCCUUCGGCCAGAACCUGGUGGCUCGCGUCCGGGAGCAUCACAGGGCCUUCCUGGCCUCCCUGAACCCCCCCAUGGAGGUGCCCGAGGACCAGCUGACACGCUGGCACCCCCGCUUCAAUGUGGACGAAGUGCCCGACAUCGAGCCGGCCGAGCUGCCCCAGCCGCCCACCGUGGAGAAGCUGGCCACUGCCCAGGAGGUGCUGGCCCGCGCCCGCAGCCUGAUGUCACCGAGGAUGGAGAAGGCCCUGAGCGCCCUGGCCCAGCGCACGGCUGAGCUGAGCAGCCCUGGGUCCCCCAGCCCGGCACUGCCAGCCACCCCGCCGGCCACGCCGCCUGCUGCUCCGCCUGCCACCCUGAAGGGGGUGUCCCAGGCCCUGCUGGAGCGGAUCCGGGCCAAGGAGGCACAGAAGCAGCUGGCGCAGAUGACGCGGCGCCCGGAGCAGGAGCAGCGGCUGCAGCGGCUGGAGCGGCUGCCCGAGCUGGCCCGCGUGCUGCGCAGUGUCUUCGUGGCGGAGCGCAAGCCGGCGCUCACCAUGGAGGUGGCCUGCGCCAGGAUGGUGGGCAGCUACCGCGCGGCCAUGAGCCCCGGGGAGAUGGAGAAGCAUGUGCAGCUCCUCUCUGAGCUGCUGCCCGACUGGCUCAGCCUCCACCGCAUCCGCGCCGACACCUACGUCAAGCUGGACAAGGCCGCCGACCUGGCAGGUGUCACGGCACGGCUGGCCCGCCUUGCCCGUGCCGAGGAGGCGCUGUGAGCCCAGCCAACAGGUGCCAGCACAGCCGGGCUGCUGGGCCCGUGUCUUACUUCCUUUAGGAACAUGAUGCACUUUGCUUUCCCUGUCCUGAGUCCCCGUGAGGGUUGGGGCUCUGGCCAGCGUGGCGGAGGCUCCCCUCUUAUCCAGGGCGCAGGGAAGCAGAGUGGGGACGAGGGGCUGUGGUUGGCAGUCACCCUCCCCGCUGUCCACAUUGGGUCCUGAGGUGGUCCUGCAAUAUCCCUGUGGGCCGGGUGUCACACAGGGUCCUCGGAGGGAGGCAGAUGCAGAAUCUGAGAUUGGAACGUGCUGACAGGAGCCGCGAGCCAAGGAGCAGACUCUCCCUGGAGCCUCCAGAAGGAACCAGCCCUGCCCACCCACACCCUGGUUUUUGUACUUGGCCUCUAGAAGUGUAUGAUAAAGUUGUCUG